AUGUCCUCGAUUUAUGGCUACAAUGGAGCCCAAAAUCUCUGUUAUGCUCUCCUGGCUGAUCUUGAGACCACCACUAUCUCCAAACGCCCCGUUCUACUCACCGACUCCGGGGGAUCCCACAAUCAAGAGAGGACUCCAGUCUCCAAGCCAACAACUUCAUCUUACAACUCUCAGGCUGGAAAAGCAGCCAUGCCGGUUGAUCCAAUCCCAACACCACCCCUGCAAGGCGGGAGCGACAAGGAGCAUCUCUACAGUACAGUCUGCAAGCCCCUCUCACCAAAGGCAAAGGAAGCCGCCCCUCCACCCUUCUCCUCCUCCAGCGGGGUGCUCGGAGCCGGGCUUUGCGAACUGGAUCGGCUUCUCCAAGAGCUCAACGCAACCCAGUUCAACAUCACAGAUGAAAUAAUGUCCCAAUUCCCAUCCAGCAAAAGCCCUGCUGCAGACAAGGACAAAGAGAGAUUGGACGAUUCGACAGACGGUACUUCUUUAUCCCGGUCAACAGCGUCUCCAUCUGCCAAGCCAACGGCCACCUCAGCGACUUUGGAGCUGGACAAGCUCAUGGCUUCCCUGUGAUUCCGCGUCCAGAGCAAUCUUCCAGGAGUUUCUGCUCCCACCACAGCUGCCACCACGACCACCAUGGUGCCACCAGCACCUGCUCCCGCCCAAGUGCCCUCAGCUCAGCAGCCUGUGGUGUCAUCUGUUUGCCCAGGCCCCACGGCUAUGCCCCAGAUGUCCCCAGGCCAGCCCAGCGGGAACCUGGAUAGCAUGCUCGUGAUGCUGGAGUCGGAUCUCAGCCGCCAAGGCAUUUCUACCACAGCUAAGGGGCUUUGUGCUUCCUGUCAAAAACCCAUCGCCGGGCAGGUGGUAACUGCCUUGGGGAGUACUUGGCACCCAGAGCAUUUUGUCUGCACUUAUUGCCAGAAGGAGAUGGGAGGCAGCAUUUUUGAGAAGGACGGCGCCCCUUACUGCGAGAGAGAUUACUUUCAGCUUUUCUCUCCCCGCUGUGGAUUCUGCAACGAACCCAUCCUGGAUAAAAUGGUGACUGCGCUGGAUAAGAAUUGGCACCCAGAGCACUUCUGCUGUGUUAAGUGCAGGCGGCCCUUUGGAGAGGAAGGCUUUCACGAGAAAGAUGGGAAGCAGUAUUGUCGCCAGGACUUUUAUGAGCUCUUCUCCACUCGCUGUCAAGGGUGCAGCCAGGCUAUUUUGGAGAACUAUAUCUCGGCUCUCAACGCUUUGUGGCAUCCAGAAUGUUUUGUUUGCAGGGAAUGCUACACCCCAUUCAUGAAUGGCAGCUUCUUUGAGCAUGGUGGACGCCCCUUCUGCGAAAUCCAUUACCACAAGCAAAGGGGCUCGCUCUGUUCUGGUUGCGAGAAACCCAUCACCGGCCGCUGCAUCACCGCCAUGGGCCGGAAGUUCCACCCGGAGCAUUUCGUAUGCGCCUUCUGCCUCAAGCAGCUCAACAAAGGCACCUUCAAGGAGCAGAACGAGAAGCCCUAUUGCCACCCUUGCUUUAUCAAGCUCUUCGGGUGACUGGGAGGGGUCCUGGCCUUGCUGGGGUCAGGCCACGCCUCCUGCUGGCGUGGAAAGGGGGGAGGGCCCAUCAUCAGCUUUUGAAUGAGCCGCACCCACUGCCAUGCAUGGGAGGGUGGGAAAUACCUGUGCCUUAAGGGGCCCCAACCCUCAACCUGGGAGCCCAUCCACCAUUGCCAAAAACCACGCCUGUAGAUCAGAGCUACUCGCAAAGCAAGCAAUGAAGGAAGCAAGUCGGAUCUGCUCCCAUCCUUCUCAGGAGCCAGGCCUCUGUUCCCGCACAAGCAGCCAAGCGUUAUCCCCCACCCAAUACCAGGCCACUUUUAAGCCACCAUUCCCCCCCCUCCAGCACCAGCACUUCUGACAGGAGGCCCUGCCUUAAGCCACGUCUCCAAUAUCAGCUGGUGAGGUCCUCAGAAGACCAGGAUGUGAUGCAACCCACCUCUGGUGUCUUUACCUCUAAGUCCAGCUGUAUGGGUUGAGUGCUCUGCCCUACAGCUCUUCUCAACCAUAAAGCCAUCUUGGUGGGAGCCGGUCAGCUCAUAUCUAAGGUCUUUGGAACAUCUGGAUAUUUUAUCCUGGUAUUUAAUUUGUGGAGAGCAGUGGCCCAUCAGUGGUGCAAUUCAGACGGUUCUAUCCAGUUUGGGUGAACCAGUAGCAGCGGCGGCGGGAGGCUCCGCCCAC